AUGUCCAACCAAUCUACUGGGAUAGAAUUCCUUCUGAUGGGAUUUUCUGAUGACCCUGACGCCCAACUUCUAUAUUUUGUCAUGUUUCUAUCCAUUUAUUUAAUAGGUUUAAUUGGGAAUUUACUCAUUGUGAUUGUUGUGAUCCUGAACCACCACCUUCACACCCCCAUGUAUUUCUUUUUGGUCAACCUGUCCCUGACUGAUGUUUGUUACAUCACAACCACUGUCCCCAAAUCAAUGGCAGUUUCAUUGACAGAUAACAAAGUAAUUCGUUUUUCCGGAUGUGUAGCUCAAGUUUUUUUAGUUAUGGUUUUUGCAGGUUCUGAAAUUGCCUUGCUUACCAUCAUGGCUUAUGAUCGUUAUGUUGCCAUCUGCCAUCCUCUGCAAUAUAACCUCAUCCUAAACUGGGAUACCUGCAACAAAAUGGCAGCUGCUUCCUGGAUCAGCUCCCUGGUACAUGCAUCUCUACAAACUGUCCUGACUUUCCAGUUAAACUUCUGUGGGCCAAACAUGAUUGAUCAGUUUUUCUGUGAUAUCCCUCAGUUAUUAAAGAUUUCUUGCACUGAUGCAAAGGUUAACCAAAUAUUGAUUUGGAUACUUGCAUGCAUUGUGGAUUCACUUAUUACUGGAUUUGUUUUUGCUUCUUAUGGGUAUAUUAUUUCUGCUGUGCUGAAAGUUCCAUCUGUUGAAGGCAGAUGUAAAGUCUUCUCAACUUGUAGUCCUCACUUGACAGUUUUUUCUGUAUUUAUCAUUACAGCUUUGUUUUCAUAUGUGAGGCCAAACUCUCUUUCCUCUCCCACUAUAGACUUACUUUCUGCUGUCCUGUAUACAGUUUUGCCUCCCACUCUGAAUCCCAUCAUUUAUAGCCUCCGGAACAGGGAGAUUCAAGCAGCUGUUAAAAGGAUUGUUUUAAUGCAUAAAUUCAAUUGGAGUCCCUAUAUAGGUGACAGCAUAAAGUAUAUUUGA